CACCGCUCGCUUCUCCACUACAAGUACGACAACGACGCUGCUCAGUCUUCAGCAAUAGAGUCCAGUUGCUUUUUUCUUAUUUCUCACGAUGGCAGACAACGAGGAUGUUGGUGGUGCCGUGCCAAAGGAUCAGAGGCAGGGGUGGGGCCAGUUUCUUAAGACGAUCGCUUCGUUCUCGGGAGACCUGAGCAGCUUGACGGCACCUAGCUUCAUUCUAUCGCCCGUCAGUCUCACUGAGUACCCCUCGUAUUGGGGCGAGCACCCAGAGCUGUUUGCGGCCUGUGCAGAAGGCAAGGAUGACGUCGAGCAGAUGGUCAACGUCGCGCGUUGGUUCAUCGGCACGCUCAAGGGCCAGUACAUGAGCAGGAACACGUCGAUGGGAAGCGAAAAGAAGCCACUUAACCCGAUUCUCGGCGAGAUCUUCCUGGGCAACUGGCCCGACAAGGACGGACGAGGCGAAACGAGCUUGAUUGCUGAGCAAGUUUCACACCACCCUCCUGUCACCGCCUACAACCUGCUCAAUGAGAAGGCUGGUGUCAACCUCGAAGGUCACUCUGGCCAGAAGUCGUCCUUCUCUGGCCGAUCCAUCACCGUGCGCCAAGUGGGCCAUGCCGUGCUGCGAGUGCCAUCGACGGACAAGAAGGGCGAGACGCUUUACCUCAUUACGCUUCCUACCCUGGUCAUCGAAGGUCUUAUUUGGGGCUCGCCUUACAUUGAGCUCAGUGGCACGAGCCACAUCAGCUCCUCUUCUGGCUACCUCGCUACGAUCAACUACAGCGGCAAGGGCUACUUCUCAGGAAAGGCUCACACUUACAAGGCCACAGUCUCGCCCUCAUCGAAGCCGACCCACCCAUUGUACACUGUCGAGGGCGAGUGGAGCGGUGUCUCUAAGUUUAAGGGCUCGUCGCCCGAUGGAAACAAGGACUCCACCUUUUGGGACGCCGGAGCCGACAGAGAAGAGGUUUCGGUCAAGUCAGUAGAGGAGCAAGGCCCAAUGGAGAGCCGCAAGGUAUGGCAGAAGACGGCUGAAGGCAUCCGAAGCCAGAAUUACGAGGCAGCAAGCAAGGACAAGUCUCGCAUCGAAAACGAGCAGAGGCAGAUGCGCAAAGACGAAGCAGCAAAGGGCACCCCUCACCAGCUCGAAUACUUUGUUCAUGUCGACGAUGACAAGGAGUACGCCGAUCUGAUGGCGAGCUUUGGCGGAAAGCCGCCUCAAGAAGAGGCCUACCGAAGGAAGGCCCGGGUUCACUAGAUGAACAGUAUUACAAUCGCGCCCCAUACCUCUCUGUCGGAACUUCACCUCGCUUUUCUUGUUCGCGUCAAGGAAUUUCGCCUGCCUGUCGCCUUGUCUUCUCCUGCAAUGCCCAUGUCAAACCCAAAAGAGAAAUUAAACAGCAUCACUAUAUUGCCUCUCACGAAUUCAUCACCGCCAAAUCACCCCAGCUACUACCAAAGCGAAAGGAGAGAAAAGAGAAAAGAGAAAAAGAAAAAAAGAAAAAAGAGAAGAUGGACGGGGACUUUACACAUACAUUUGUGGUUG